CAUGCUUUGUCAUUGAGGAGCUCAGCAGCAGCGUUCUCCCACUCCGGCACGUCCGACGUUCAGCAUGCUGCAUCCUGAUGCGCUCUCGUCUGCACGCUGUGGGGUUACCUGGAUUUACACGCAUUUCCCGUGUACCUCUUUUACAUGACCGUCGGAUCGAAGAGGCCACGUAUUGUUGACGCAUCUCAAUGUUUGAACCGGGGGAAGAGAGCACGUCCCAAGUGUCAAAUAAGAUACAACCUGUCCUGCGGAUGCGCCGUCACUGUUUUGCCUCCAGUGGCUCCCCAAGUGUAUGAGAUUCAUGAUUCAUCCCUCUGUUUUCACGGGCUAUCCUUAGAGCGCAUCUCUUCUGCUUCUUCAAAAUGGAAAGAUUUCAGUCUUCCAUGCGCAAACGGCUCUACAGCUUGCCGCAAAACAUUGGGCAAAAACCCUUCGUGAUUGACGAGGGAGACAACGGCGACAAGGACACAAAGAGGAAAAGUAUUCGGCUAAAACAUUUGUCCUCUCCGUCUCCUGCAAGCAGUUGCAGGAGCAUUGAGGAGGCCAGGAGCGAAGACUUGGACAGGGACGUCACUGUGAAGACCAACUUGAACGGGGACUGUCGCUUAUUUAGGGGUAGCAUCUCUUCCAUCACCGGGCGGCAUCCUCCCGGGUCAGACCCAGCGGAGCAGCGGCGCCUCAUCCCCGAGGCUGGUGUCAGCGAGAGUUACCCCGGUGAGCACGGCCCCGGGGCCCAGCAGCGGGCAACGGGUGGUGUGAGUGGCGCAGCCGGGCAGGCGACAAUGUUUGACCAGUCAAGUUUUAUCAAGUUGGAGGGCACCGAGCAGAUCAUACCUGAGGACGACCGGCUGUACCAAGCCGGCUUCAUGCACCGGCAGUUUGGGGCGAUGCUCCAGCCGGGAGUCAACAAGUUCUCCCUGCGGAUGUUGGGGAGUGAGAGGGCCGUGGAGCAUGAGAGGGAGCGAGUGAAGUCUGCUGGCUUCUGGAUAAUCCACCCGUACAGUGAUUUUAGGUUCUACUGGGAUCUGACCAUGCUGCUGCUGAUGGUGGGAAACCUCAUCAUCAUCCCCGUCGGCAUCACCUUCUUCAAGGACGAGAACACGCCUCCCUGGAUCGUCUUCAACGUGGUCUCAGACACCUUCUUCCUCAUGGACCUGGUUCUCAAUUUCCGCACGGGCAUCGUCAAGGAGGACAACACGGAGAUCAUCUUGGACCCGCAGCAGAUUAAGAUCAAGUACCUGAAGACCUGGUUCGUGGUGGAUUUCAUCUCCUCCAUACCUGUGGACUACAUUUUUCUCAUCGUCGAGACACGAAUCAACUCGGACUUUUACAAGACGGCACGAGCCCUGAGGAUCGUCCGUUUCACCAAGAUCCUCAGUCUGCUGCGGCUGCUGCGCCUCUCCAGACUCAUUCGCUACAUCCACCAGUGGGAAGAGGUUUUCCAUAUGACCUACGACUUGGCCAGCGCCAUGGUGCGCAUCAUGAACCUGAUCGGGAUGAUGCUGCUGCUGUGUCACUGGGAUGGCUGUCUGCAGUUCCUGGUUCCCAUGCUGCAGGACUUCCCUCCUGACUGCUGGGUCACGAGAAACAAGAUGGUGAACGACACAUGGGGUCAGCAGUACUCCUACGCCCUGUUCAAGGCCAUGAGUCACAUGCUGUGCAUCGGGUACGGCCUGUACCCCCCCAUCGGCAUGGCUGACGUGUGGCUCACCAUCCUCAGCAUGAUUGUGGGUGCUACCUGCUUUGCUAUGUUUGUGGGGCAUGCGACUGCACUCAUUCAGUCUCUGGACUCCUCCAGGAGGCAGUACCAAGAAAAGUAUAAGCAGGUGGAGCAGUACAUGUCCUUCCACAAGCUCCCCGCCGACAUGCGCCAGAGGAUCCACGACUACUAUGAACACCGUUACCAGGGCAAGAUGUUUGAUGAGGAGAGCAUCCUGGAGGAGCUGAAUGAGCCACUGCGAGAGGAGAUCAUCAACUUUAACUGUCGCAAACUGGUGGCCUCCAUGCCGCUCUUCGCCAACGCUGAUCCCAACUUUGUCACCUCCAUGCUGACCAAGCUGCGCUUCGAGGUCUUCCAGCCGGGCGACUACAUCAUCAGAGAGGGAACCAUCGGCAAGAAGAUGUACUUCAUCCAGCACGGCGUCGUCAGUGUCAUCACCAAGAACAGCAAUGACACCAAGCUGUCUGACGGCUCUUAUUUUGGAGAGAUCUGCCUGCUGACCCGAGGCAGGAGGACAGCGAGUGUGCGAGCAGAUAACUACUGUCGGCUGUACUCUCUGUCGGUGGACAACUUCAAUGAGGUGCUGGAGGAGUAUCCCAUGAUGAGGAGGGCCUUUGAGACCGUGGCUCUCGACCGCCUGGACCGCAUCGGUAAGAGGAACUCUGUUCUUCAGAAUAAAGUCCAGCAUCACCAAAGUUCUGGCACACUAAACUUCCAAGAGACUGAGAUCAUCCAAAGAAUAGUGCAGCAUGAUCGGGACAUGGCCCAGUGUACGCAGCUGAUCCAGACCAGCCCACAGCCUCCCCCCGCACCCCCAUCACCCACCCCAGUCAUCUGGGCCCCACUGGUUCAGGCUCCGCUCCAGGCAGCUGCUGCCACCACCCCUCUGGCUCUGGCCUUAGCCCACCACUCCCAGCUGCCUCCCAUCCUCUUCCACCAUCCUCUGACACCUGGCCUCCUGAAGGACCCAAUCAGCCAUCCAAAGAAAGUCCAUGUGGGAGCGAACACAUCCAGCAGCUGUGGCUCAGGACCCGCUUCUCCUACCAGCUCCAUUAGAGUCAGAUCUGGGAUUGAGACUUCCACACCGGCGUCCCUUAGGGCACAGCAUUUCGCCGGUGGAUCUGUGUCGCCCACCCUGACGACCCAGCCCGUCUUCACCAGCAGCCUGCAGCCUCUGACCCCUUUGCCCUCACACCAGCUCCCGCACCACCCUCCACACUCCGCCAUGGCCUCGGUCUUCCCCAUCAGCCAGGCCACAGUCUCCUACACCUGCUCUGCUCAGCUCCACCCUCAGCCCUUCCAUGGUGCUAUGACCACCCCGCCACACCCGAUAGGUUUACUCCAGCAGGGGGUGCCAGGGAGGCUAGCCGGGAGAUUCCCAGCCCCCUCUGCCUCCGCCAUAAGCCCUCUGAUCUCCAGCUCAGUCGGCCCCAUACUAAGCCAGCUGCAGCAGUCCUCUCACGCCACUGUGCAGCAGAUGGGGUUCGGUCAUGACAGAGUAGGCAGGACAUCCAGUGGUCUGAACCUCCCACAUUUUCCCUUCCUCACCAGCACUCAGUCCUCCAGUGGAUUUAUUCAGCCAGGGUCUGCAGUCGGAGGCCUCGGCGGGGCCACAGCCUCUCUGGCGCAGCAAAGCCUCGCAGGUCUCCAGUCUGUUUUCCUCCCCCAGGUUCUCCCCGAGCACUCGGCCCUCGCCUCCCUGGCUCAGUAUGGCUCCGCCGAGGCCUCGCCCUGCUACACGCCUCCAGUCCACAGUCCCAGCAUACAGAGCCCUGUGAGGGGAAGGACAGUUUGCCACAGUGAGCUCCCCAGCACCCUUGGCUCUCGCAGCCCUCUAACCCCUCAGACCUCAUGCCCUACCAGGGUGGCCUGUACCCUCAAAGAGAGGGCCGAGUCUUCGGUGGAUCUCUUUACCCAGGAAAUAAAGACUAUCUCAGGCUCUCACAGCUCUAUACACCAGGAAAGGCCUUUGGCCAUGAGCGGCCCCUCAGAGGGGGCAGCGGGGGUAUCCAGCCCCUUCUCCUCUCCCAUGGCUGUCAGUAAACCCUACAGCCCAAUCCCGGGUCAAGUUGCUUCCGUCAGUCGGACACAUUCAGGUCCCGAACCUCAGAACCAGUCCGUUGGCGUUCAAUCUCCCCUCGUUAGAUCCCCCGCUAAGAUGAUAGAGACCGAACACAAACAGUCCAAACUUCCAUCCAACUUGUGA